AUGCCAGAGCACGCGCCGCGCAGAUGCCGCCAUUUGCGCUGCUCGACCUACACCACUAGCAAAUUCGCCACGCAAAGGCACCUCGUCGUCCAAGAUCACCCAGAGAUCCCUGUGGUAUCCCUCGAGUUCUUCCAGACCGUCACCCCCGCUGUGCCGGACAUAAUGCUGGAUGCCGUCUUGGACAAUCUGAAGGAGCAUGGCUCCAUCACGGGGAGUGGACGAAUGCGUGGCUUUGGCAAAAAUGACCCCAAGAAGAGUGGCCGUCCAGAGAACGAUACCUUUGCCCACGUGCAUGAACUCACUGAGGCGAUUAUUCGCGCCGGCGAGGGCUACACAGGCCAAGAAUCAUUCCAAACUCGACUCCCGCGAAGUGAGAGGGGGAACUCGUCGCGUCCUGACGGCUUCGGGCGUUCCUCCAUGGCCCAACACGACGACGAAGUUACAGACACAAAACUUCCUCAGCUUCCGUCAUGGAGUGGCAUCAUACUUGCUAAAGAAGGCAAGAAAGCUGAAAAGGAGUCGGACGCUUUGGACAACUUUGAAAAGGUUAUGUGGAGCGGGCAUCACAUUCUUCGAACUGACCCGCGCCGAAAUUUCUGCUUUGGGAUGUCCACGGGGAACGCGACCUGUCGUCUGUGGUUUUUCGCGCGUUCUCAUAUCAUGGUCUCAGAACCAUUCAAUGUGAUCACGAACCACGCUCCUCUCGUUCGAUUCGUUCUGAGCCUCUCGUUUGCCCACGUUUUGUCACCUUUGUCAGUGUCAUGUCACCCCAGGCAUGCAGAUUUGUCCACCGUUGGCGAGAAUGCGCGAUCCAUGUUUGCAAGCUCCCCACUUACUGCGACAUCGAGCCAUUCCACCAUCGACGAUAAUAUCCCAUCUAAGCCAACAUCUCGAGUUCCCCCCCUUUCCGCACAAUCAAGUCAAUCUACCAUCCAUGGGGAAGUAGCAACCGAUCCGUCUCAUCUCUGCCCCUCAGUUAACUACGACUUUGCUUGGGAAGCGCAUGGCUACGACCCUACGAUGCAAGAGAUACGUCAUGGGGUUUACCGAAUUUGUGUCGGUGACACAUGGUAUAUCACUGCGGGAAUAUUGUCCGAUUCUAGGGCCGAGAGCAUUUGUGGCCGCUGUACUCGAGUAUGGAGGGUGUACGAGGACAAGAAGUAUGAGGAGGGCGAAGAGAAGGCAUACUACGUUCUCAAGGAUGUUUGGGUAGAUUCCAGCAACGAUACGGAGGCCACUAUAUGGAUGAGGUUGAAAGAGAAAGUCAACCCCGAUGUCUUCGACCGACACUUUCUGACGCUUGUAGCUGCAUUCGGACCAGGCGAGGGCGCAACGACAUGCGGUUUCAUGAGGCGAGGCAACUACCCGCAUACCGAGAACGUGGACUUCAUGGAUAGCCAAUUUAUCGAUAUUUUAGACCUCGAACCUUCGCCGUUGAUCCCGAAUAAAGGAACGGAGCCUGUUUAUGAAGACAGGUUCCACAUUCAAGGGGCACCAGAUACGGAACCACUCGCCAAACGCGCCAAAGAACGACCCCAGUAUCUUCCUCGCACUCACGACCGAUCUAUCUGGAAAGAGGUUUGUGAGACAUACCAUGAUCACGACGACAUACAGGUGAUGUUUACGAUGCUUGAACAUGCGGUGAAAGCACUGGAUGCGAUGUGGGAGGGUGCACACGCUAUUCAUCGUGACAUUAGUACAGGAAAUAUCCUGUUCGACGGCACGAAUGGUCGAUUAGGGGAUCUGGAAUACGUCGUAUUUUGUGACGACGAACCCUCUUCCUUGCAUAACGUCAAGACUGGGACACUGCCAUUCAUGGCCGUCGAAGUUUCCCUUGGCGCAUAUCAGUUUGAACCACGCCCUCUUGCAGAAGACGUAUUUCUGUCUCCAACCGGUGUUCUCCCUUCUCGUGGCACCAAGCCUGUGCAUCCUUUUCGACACAAUGUGCUCCAUGACUUGGAGUCCAUCUGGUGGCUGGUUAUGUGGUCUAUUUUCAGAUAUUAUCCCGAGAAUGUCCGCCUCGAGGUACAGGCUCUCAAGAACCAGCGCCGCACCUACGACGCCCUUUUUUCUCCGAACAUCGCCGUUGGCGUGCAGCGCAUGAAUGUUUUGAACACUCGACUCCCGGCAAUCAUUUCCUCGCUAUCUCCUCCCUUCUAUGACAUGGGCCAAUUAGCACUUCGCUUGCGUAAUCUGUUGAUAUUUUCUUAUGGGAUAGCAGAGGCGAGCCUACCGAUCAAGUCCGACUGCCAGGCGUUCCGUCCCGCGUUCGACACAACGGCGGUACUGCUCAGACACAUGAAGAUGUCCCUGGAGAAGGAUGGAAUCGCGGGCGUUACCAGUGUCUUCGAACUACUCUAUCCUCAGAAACGCAAGGCAGAAGAAACCGGAGACAUCCAGGAGGAGGCACCACCGAUGAAGAAAUAA